ACAGUACCUCGGACGCCCCCGGCUCGGCCCUUCCAAGUUUCUAUCUCUCAGAGCGGGGCCAGCGGAAAAGCGAGCGAUGGCAGACAACCUGAGGAAACUAGUCUCGAACGAAUUUUUACGAUCACUGCCGGAGAAGCUCGACUCCUGGCUGAGGGAGUACAGCACAAACUCAUGUGACCAAAAUCUAAAUAUUUGCCUCGAACUCAUUGAGCAAGUUGCCAAGCUGCAGGGACAACUCUUUGGGAUCCUCUCUACAGCAGCCCAAGAGGGAGGACAUUAUGCUGGUGUGGAAAUAAUCAAAUCACGCCUUUUGCCUUGGCUGGAGGCUUCCUUUACUGCUGCUUCCAUGGGAAAGCCUGUUGACAGCACAGUUCCCUCUUUACAGGACACGUUUGAUAAGGAGAGGAAUUCUCUUUUUCGGGAUCAGGACCUACAGUUAGAUUCUGAAUUGGGCUCAACUCGUAAUCAACCCAAACAGGUUCAAGACGAUCUGACUGAAACUGAAAAGACUCUUGAAGAAACCAAGAACAGAUCGGCCAUAUCCCUUUUGGCUGCAGAGGAGGAAAUAAAUCAACUAAGAAAGCAUCUUAAGUCUCUUCAAUCCCAAGAGGAAUCCCGCCACAGGAACUCAGACUACUACUCAGACUACCGGGGCGGAGAGCGGGGUAGGAGCACAGACCAUAGGAGCGUGGACUUGCGGAGCGUGGACCUGCGGAGUGUGGACCUGCGGAGUGUAGAUCUGAGGGGAACAGAGCCACGGGGCUCAGAGCCACGGGCCUCAGAGCCACGGGGCUCGGAGCCACGGGCCUCAGAGCCACGGGGCUCGGAGCCACGGGCCUCAGAGCCACGGGGCUCGGAGCCACGGGGCACAGAACCCCGAGGCUCAGACCCACGGUCCAUAGACCUAAAGAGUUUAGACAGACGAAGCACGGACCGGCGGAACCCAGAAGUAAUAUCUGACUAUGAGAAACAGCUUCAAACGCUCAAGGACGAGAUAGCUGUUCUGUCUGCUGAAAAGAAUGUGCUCCAAGGAAGGUCCCUAAGGAGCCGGUCUCCUAGCCCUGCCCCUCGAAGCCGGUCAGCCAGCCGGGCUGCAAGCCGGGCUGCUAGCCGGGCUGCCAGCCGGUCUGCCAGCCCCUCCACUGCAGUUGCGAAAAUUAGAACUCCGUCCCCGAAUCGCGCCAAGCUGUCCAGCGUGGCGCGCAAGGCUGCCCUCCUGUCCCGGUUCAGCGACGCAUAUUCCCAGGCCCGCCUGGAUGCGCAGUGCCUGCUUCGGCGCUGCAUAGACAAAGCUGAGACGGUGCAGCGGAUCAUCUACAUUGCCACGGUGGAGGCAUUCCAUGUAGCUAAAAUGGCAUUCAGACACUUCAAGAUCCGUGUGAGGAAAACGUUGACACCAUCUUACAUGGGGUCGAAUAACUUUGAAGAUGUCGUCUCAGAUUAUAUCAUUUGUCAUCUCGAUCUAUACGAUGCCCAAAGCAGUGUUAAUGAUGUGAUCCGAGCCAUGAAUGUCAACCCCAAGAUUUCAUUCCCUCCUGAAGUUGACUUUUGCCUUCUCAAUGACUUCAUCCAGGAGAUAUGUUGCAUUGCCUUUGCAAUGCAAACAUUAGACCCACCCCUAGAUAUUGCAUUUGGGGCCGAUGGAGAAAUUUUCAAUGAUUGCAAGUACCGUCGCAGCUAUGACUCUGAUUUCACCGCUCCCUUGGUCUUCUACCACGUGUGGCCUGCUCUCAUGGAGAAUGAUUGUGUUGUUAUGAAGGGAGAAGCUGUCACCAAGAGAGGGGCUUUUUGGAAUUCGGUGCGGCCUAUAACUCGAUGUCGAAGCCGGAGUCUAAGUCCUGUUUGCCCUCGUAGCCGUAUUGGUUUAAGCACGCUGUCUCGAAGUCGGAGCCCUUCUCCAAUAAGGUGUGGAUUGCCAAGGUUUUGAAACGACCAGACAUGUUCCUUUGCCACAGAACAUCUGCAACAGCCAGCUUCCCCAGUGCCUCCGUCUGCCUCCUGUGUCUGCCUCAGACCUCACUUAAGAUAGUGUGAAAAGGCAAUUCUGUGUAUCACUCCACACAGAGAGUUAAAUGUUUUGACUGAGUGCGUUUGUAACUUUAGACAUACUGUAUUUUACUUCAUUUUAUAGAUACAAAUUCCAUUAAUUUGAUAAAAAACAAUUGCAUAGGCGUUUAGGAUCAUAUUCAUUCAAAGCAAAGUCCAUUAUACAGGUUCAGGAUUUCCAUCCUGAAAUACUAGGCUGUUUUACAGCAAACUGUAUGAAAAAAAGUGGAAAAUCUUUACUACACAGAGUCCAAAAGAUAAAACAAGUCAAUUUAGUUCGAAGAUUGAUCAUCAGUGUUGAUAUUAGCUUUACUGUGAAAACAAUGAAAACAGUAUUGGAUGUUUUCAUUUUUUUUUUAAAGAUUUGGAGGAUAGCCCUAAUCUCAGGUUGGAAACUCAUAAACGAGUAGCAGUGAUUUAAGGCUAAAUGUAGAAGCAUGAUGACUUAAUAGGAGAUAGCUGGCUUGCUUCUCUCUUCUAUUUUCAGAGUGCCCAGUUCGGCUUAGUUGAGUACCGUAUGUUGAAGCCAGUAGGUGAGCCUAGAGCCAUAGGCGAGAUAAUUUUCUUGCUUCAUGAAUGCAGAGCAAUGAUUUAGGUAGAAUCCAGCUUUGAGAUAAAUGUUAAUUACGUCAUGUUUAUCUUCUGCAUAUUGUUUUAACGCACAUGUUAAAUAUAAACCUACCUAGGAUAUGCCCUUUACCUAUUCCACCUGGAGUCCUGGUGGUGCAGUGGUUAAGCAUUCGGCUGCUAACCAAAGAUUGGCAGUUUGAAUCCACCAGCUGUUCCUUGGAAACCCUAUGAGGCAGUUCUACUCUGUCCUGUAGGGUUCCUAUGAGUCAGAAUCGACUCGACGGCAACGGGUUUUGGUUUUUGGUUUUAUUCCACCUAGUUGUUUGCAAAUCUAGACUUCCUAUAAACUCCAUCUAGCUAAUAAUAACUAAGCUCAAGGCCUAAAACUAGGGGCACCAUUUAUUGAUUUAAAGUGGAGUGUGUAUCCCUUGAUUUAUUCACUGUGAAGCACUGUUUAAAGUUCAAAUUCAAGAUGAUAAUGGAAUGAUGCUUUCUUAAGAUAAUACUCUUUCUGCCCUUUCUUAAAGUCAGCCUUAACACACAAGCCUCUGGAAUGACUGAUUUAUCCAUAUGCCUUCAGAGAGAAACUCUGAAUUGGCCAUGGCUCAAGUUGCAUAAACUCAAUGCUAAAACCAGCACCUGCUGCUUUUCAGGUGAAAAAAAAUGCUGCUUUCAAGCAUCUUGCCCCUUGUGCUGGGCAAUAGAGAUGGAGAGAGAGACGACCUCAGUCCUUGCCCCUGGACUCUAACGUUCACCAGCUCAUUCUGAAGUGUGAGGUUCAUUUUUCUCACUCUUUGCACAUUUAUGUCGUCAUCACUUGGAGGCAAGGCUGUGUGCUGGAAGGAACACUAGGUGACUAGGUCACUCCUAGUCCUGGCUCUGUCAUCAGCUUGCUCUGUGGCCUUGAGCAAGUUACUUCACCUCUCUGAGUCUGUUUCCUCAUGAGAGACUGAGGAGAUUGAAUGAGAUUAACGGUUCUCUCAACCCUACCCAACUCAGUAUGCCCUUUUAUAACAAAUAUUUUAUUCUGGAUAAUCUGAAAUGAAAUUCAAAGUUAAUAUAGCCUAUAUGCACAUGUAAUUUUAAAUGAAUAUAGUGCCAUAUCUUAAUAUAAAGCUGAAAAAAGGAAAGCAAUUUUUAAUAAAAUGUAUUUCAAUAAAAAAGCU